AUGGCGGACCUUAUCAAUAGACAAAGAGGGGACAUUCUUAUUAAUGACAAAUAUAGACUUAUGCGGAAGAUUGGUUCAGGAUCAUUUGGAGAUAUAUACCUGGGUGUCAACCAACUCACGGGCGAGGAAGUUGCCGUCAAGAUGGAAAAUAUUUAUGCUAAACAUCCACAACUUCAAUUUGAACAUAAAGUAUAUCGACUACUUGCAGGUGCAGUUGGUAUACCUCAGGCAAGAUGGUAUGGUACUUGUCGAAAUUAUUGGGUGUUAGUAAUGGACUUACUUGGUCCAAGUUUAGAGGAUUUAUUCACAUUUUGUUGUCGACGUUUCACAUUGAAAACUGUGUUAAUGCUUGCUGAUCAAAUGCUUGCUCGAAUUGAACAUGUUCAUAAUAAGAAUUUAAUUCAUCGAGAUAUUAAACCAGAUAAUUUCCUUAUGGGGAUUGGACGUCAUUGUAAUAAAGUGUAUAUGAUUGAUUUUGGUUUGGCAAAACGUUAUAGAGAUGUACGAACAGGACGUCAUAUCACUUAUCGAGAGGAUAAAAAUCUCACUGGAACAGCUAGAUAUGCUAGUAUUAAUGCACAUUUGGGUAUAGAACAGUCUCGUAGAGAUGAUUUGGAAUCUUUGGGCUAUGUUCUAAUGUAUUUCAAUCGUGGAACCCUACCUUGGCAGGGUUUACGGGCGACUACAAAACGCCAAAAAUAUGAAAGAAUAAGCGAGAAAAAGAUGUCAACACCUGUUGAAGCAUUGUGUAAAGGUUAUCCAGCUGAAUUUCAGAUGUACCUUAACUACUGCCGAGGAUUACGAUUUGAUGAAGCCCCAGACUAUAUGUAUCUUCGUCAACUUUUCCGUAUUCUAUUUAGAACAAUGAGUCAUCAGUUUGAUUAUGUCUUCGAUUGGACAAUCCUUAAGCAAAGAGGUCCUACUGCGACAUCAUCUAAUAUAAAUACGGUAAACGACGAUGCGACUAAUGCAGCAAAUCGCCUACAAACACUUCCAGAUACUGCAGGUGUUAGUGCUCCAGCUGAGAGUGAUGCCAAUGUUGAUAAUUCUGUUAACGCUACUGCUGGAGGAGUUCAGAUUGCUCGACGCAGACUUGGUUAA